CCACCCGAAGUGCGCCUGUCGGGACGAGGCGUCUGCUCACCUGUACGGCCGCCGCCGCUGCGUGCGCCGUCUGGACAGCUUGCGACGCCCGCUGCAGAAGAGCUCAACCUGACGACGGCGCUUGACAUCAAUCACGUGGCCGCCGUGUUCCAUGCCACUGCGCGCAGGAAGCCCGCGCCCAAGAGCCAAAAAAGGAGCUACGAGGCGCUGGCAGCGUCAAGAUACACGCUGCGUGGCAGCCGAGAGGGACACACCAGCGCGAAGAGACGCCAGGUCGAGAUCACCGAGCACGCACGCAUGGUCUGCCUCAUGAUACAAGCGGCCCUUUGA